GGUGAGGGUAAGGAGAGCCCUGUUGUCUCCAGCAACCAUCUGUCUGCCCAGUGUAGAGCUGAGAGGGGUUGCUCUCACUGAAGUGAAGAGGGAAUUCAGAAACUCUUGGAGGACAGUGGAAGUUGAUAAAAAUGCUUCUUUAUUGUUAAAACCAACACAUUCUGGCCCUUAACUGUCAUCAGGGUUGCUCUCACUCACAUAAGAGCUAAUGGAGGGGAUGCUAGGAGUGGAUGUGUUUCUUUACCCUGAUGGACUGAGAAUUGCUACACCAGAGGAUAUUAGGCAAUGGGAGCUGGAGACCGCCAGCCAGGUGUCCAGCCAGGUGUCUCAGGAACCCCCCGUCCGACUCUUUGUGGCUCUUUUCCCAUACAACCCUGCUGCGAUGUCCCCAAACCCUGAGACCGCUGCGGAGGAGCUCCCUUUUGUGCCAGGACAGAUCAUCAAGGUGUUUGGAGAUAAAGACGAUGAUGGUUUCUACCACGGGGAGUCUGGUGGUCUGUCUGGUGUCGUGCCUAGUAACAUGGUAUCUGAGAUCCCAGUGGAUGAUGACUACCUCAAGCAUCAGCUCAUGCAGCAGGGUUUCCUGCCUGUCGACCACACAGAUCCCAGUGAGGAGUCCAGCGUGCUAGAUGACUUGGUCGUCCGCAGGAUGGUGGCCAUCUUUGAGUAUGACCCUUGGGAAAGUUCCCCCAACAUGGACAGCGACGCUGAGCUCGCCUUCCGUGCAGGGGACAUAAUAUAUGUGUUUGGUGAUAUGGAUGAAGAUGGAUUCUAUUAUGGGGACCUUCAUGGGCUGAGAGGUCUGGUGCCAUCCAACUACCUGGAACCACUACCAUGGGAAUAGGAUUAACAAGGAGCAUCCGAUACAUGAGAUUAUGCCAAGAAUCAGAAUCAGAUACAAUGAACAAAAAAACGUUUUCAAGGAUAUCUGAAGGGAUAUUACUGUGUCAAAGAUCAAGAUUUUGUCAUAUUUUUUCUUCUGCAUAAGUACAUGUGACCACAGAAAUCUCCUCCAGGAUUUGUAAUGAUCAUGGAAUAGGGUUUUUAUGAGCCGUGUGCAGGCUAUCACGCACAGUAACGCAGUAGACAGAUUUAGCUCUGUCCAAAUAAAUCCUAUGAACUACAAACCUUUUGGUGGACAUUUUAAGGUGCAGUAAGAUUGGCCAAAAUAAUGACAUCAUGGUUAUCGUAUUACAUAAUGCUUUGUCAGCAGCUAGGGUAUUGUAGCCUUAAAAAGAUGAUUUUUAUUCUCACUUUGCUGAUGGGGAUGUAUGUUGUAGUUAUGCCUAUAUUUGCCUUAAUACAUCUUCCGGUUUAGGAAAUAUCCAUGCACAUCAUUUUAUCGUGAAGGCUGUGAGCAAUCUUUCCUGUUAGAGAUAUUAUUUUCUUCCUUAGUAAUAUGUACAAUUGUUUUUUUAUUUUUUAUUUUGGUAAAUACCAACUGAGAUUCUGAUGGGAACAUUGAGCACAUUGAAGGAAGAUAUCUAUGCAGAAUUUAGCAGUACUAUUAAACUGUUCAUUUUCUGAAAAUCUGUUUCGUACACUUGUUCCUCAUGUUAGUGGGUUUAGAAUUAUACAGUGCAGGAUCUUCAUCAUAACCGGAUGCUGAACACUGAAACA